UGCCCGGCGCGGCGCCUGCAGGACCCCGGCGGCUACCCAUGCCGAGGUGAGUCCGCGGGCUCCGCCGCCGCCGCCGUCCCGUCGCUGCUGCCGCCCCGCGCGGCCCCGCCGCCGGCCAGGAUGCUGGAGGAAGCGGGCGAGGUGCUGGAGAACAUGCUGAAGGCGUCGUGCCUGCCGCUCGGCUUCAUCGUCUUCCUGCCCGCCGUGCUGCUGCUGGUGGCGCCGCCGCUGCCCGCCGCCGACGCCGCGCACGAGUUCACGGUCUACCGCAUGCAGCAGUACGACCUGCAGGGCCAGCCCUACGGCACACGGAACGCGGUGCUGAACACAGAGGCCCGCACGGUGGACGCGGAUGUGCUCAGCCGCCGCUGCGUCCUGAUGCGGCUGGCUGACUUCUCCUACGAGCGGUACCAGCGGGCGCUGCGGCAGUCGGCCGGUGCCGUGGUCAUCAUCCUGCCGCCAGCCGUGGCCGCCGUGCCCCAGGAUGUCAUCCGGCAAUUCAUGGAGAUCGAGCCGGAGAUGCUCGCCAUGGAGACCGUCGUCCCCGUGUACUUUGCCGUGGAGGACGAGGCCCUGCUGUCCAUCUACGAGCAGACGCAGGCCGCAUCUGCCUCCCAGGGCUCCGCCUCGGCCGCCGAAGUGCUGCUGCACACGGCUACCGCCAACGGCUUCCAGAUGGUGACCAGCGGCGUCCAGAGCAAGGCCGUGAGCGACUGGCUCAUCACCAGCGUGGAGGGGCGGCUCACGGGGCUGGGAGGAGAGGACCUGCCCACCAUCGUCAUCGUGGCCCACUACGAUGCCUUCGGAGUGGCCCCCUGGCUGUCACACGGCGCGGACUCCAAUGGGAGCGGCAUCUCUGUACUGCUGGAGCUCGCCCGGCUCUUCUCCAGGCUCUACACAUACAAGCGCACCCACGCUGCGUACAACCUCCUGUUCUUCGCUUCCGGGGGGGGCAAGUUCAACUACCAGGGAACCAAGCGCUGGCUGGAGGACAGCCUAGACCACACGGAUUCCAGCUUACUGCAGGACAAUGUGGCCUUCGUGCUCUGCCUGGACACGCUGGGCCGGGGGAGCAGCCUGUACCUGCACGUGUCCAAGCCGCCCCGGGAGGGGACCCUGCAGCACGCCUUCCUGCGGGAGCUCGAGACGGUGGCCGCCCACCAGUUUCCAGCCAUGCACUUCUCCAUGCUACACAAGAAGAUUAACCUGGCGGAAGACAUCCUGGCCUGGGAGCACGAGCGCUUCGCCAUCCGCCGACUGCCUGCCUUCACGCUCUCCCACCUGGAGAGCCACCGUGAUGGCCGGCGCAGCAGCAUCAUGGAUGUGCGGUCACGGGUCGACUCCAAGACCCUUACCCGGAACACGAGGGUCAUCGCCGAGGCCCUGACACGCGUCAUCUACAACCUGACAGAGAAGGGCACCCCUCCAGACAUGCCAGUCUUCACCGAGCAGAUGCAGAUCCAGCAGGAGCAGCUGGACUCGGUGAUGGACUGGCUCACCCACCAGCCCCGGGCCGCGCAGCUGCUGGGCAAGGACAGCACCUUCCUCAGCACACUCGAGCACUACCUGAGCCACUACCUGAAGGACGUGAAGCAGCACCACGCCAAGGCGGACAAGCGGGACCCCGAGUUUGUCUUCUACGACCAGCUGAAGCAGGUGAUGAACGCAUACAGGGUCAAGCCGGCCAUUUUUGACCUGCUUCUGGCCGUCUGCAUCGGCGCCUACCUCGGAAUGGCCUACACGGCUGUCCAGCACUUCAACCUCCUCUACAAGACGGUUCAGAGGCUGCUACUGAAGGCCAAGACUCAGUGACGGGGGCCCCCGAGCCACAAGCCCCUCCUGCCUGCGCCACCACCCUCCCUGCUCCGCCAGCCUCCCCCGCCGCCCCUCGGGGACCCUGUCCCGCAGGACACACACGGCCCGGCAGGGGGGCAGCAACCUCACCCCCUGCCCAGGCUCCCAAAACACCGAAUUACAGAGGUUUUCUGGUUUGCUCUUUAGGAUUUGGGGGAUUCUCUUUUCUGUUUUUUUCCUCCUUGAACUUCCUCGGAGGAAAGCUCGGUAGAAAGCCUCUGGAGUGGGGUUCGGGCUGAGCCCUGGGGUCCCUGGAGCCGUGUACGCUGGACUAAAGGGCGAGCACAGUGGGCUGCCCCCGGCCUCCAGCCCCGGCCCCUCACCCUGAGCCAACCCCAGGCAGGGCCGAGCGGGGUCAGCUCCGGGCGGGUUCCCUGCCUGGCGCCCCCUUCUCCAGCUGGGCCUGAUGGGGUAAGCAGGCCCGCUCCGUGGGGGUCCCGGGAGCCCCGGGCUCACGUUCCCCAGGCAUGGCUGUCCACCUGUGUCCCUGCUUGCCUCACUCGCGCCCCACACCUCCGCCGGCCCCUCCCGAAGCCCCGUGCCCUCCGCUUCCGUCCCAGUGGUUCCCAGCCCUGAGGACAGAGAGGCCCCUGCCUCCCCCAGGCCAUCUCCCCUCCGCUGCCGCUGACCCUGCCCAGUGCCCGACCCCCGGCCCAGGGACUUUGCCCUUUGGGGCACCAGAAACUUCCUGACCCUGGGGGGAGGAAGGGGCUGCCGCUGGGGCACCUCCUUGUCCCCAGUGUUCACUAUCUUCAUACCCCAGCUCCCCAGGCCUUGGUUUCCCCGUCUGUGCAGGGAAGUGCAUUCUGGGAACGCAGGCAUCUGUGUCUCAGGAGGGACAUCGGGGAGCAAACGAGAGCGUUUGUGGGAGAGGAGGUGGCAGGUGGACCCCUCAUGGCCUCUGUGUGUCCCUUGUGGUCUGCGGGGCCCCCCACUAUCCCCCAGGACCCUGAGGAGGAAACGGGAGCCGAGUGGAAUUUGGGGGGAGGGUCUCCAACCAAACCAGGCACUUUGGGGGUGCAGCCUCCUUGUGAGGGAUCCGGAGAGGGUGGCAUUGACCUCAGGGUGAUCAGGGUUACCAGUUCAUUAGCAAUAUGAUUGAUUAAGUAUUAGCUAAGGGGCAGGCAGGGCAAGAAGAGGCUCCCGGGCCUUGGGGACCUGCCGAGGUCCCGUCCCCGUGGCCACCAGGGCCUGGCACAGCCCCGUGAGGCUUGGGGGGUGCAGGGGUGGUGAAAUCUCUGCCGCGCCCAGCCUGCUUCCCCGUCCCCCAUCCCCCUGCACCGUCUGCCAUCUUGGCGCCCCGGAUCUUGCCAGGCCGGGCUUGGCAGGGAGGAGCGGGCAGGGGGCACAGGGAGGUCUGUCUCCGGCUCCUCUGCUCUCCCUUCUCCUUCCUCCCCACCCACCCUGCCAGGGGGUCUCCACAGCCCGGGCGGGGGGCUCCUGUCCGUGUCGCUUGGCAUCACUGGCACCCGUGUUUCUGAGCCGACUUCCCUCCCUCCUUGGGCGGGUGGCCCAGGUGGGCUCAUGCUGACUGCGGCCACGGCCGGGAUGAGAAAAUAAAGCCAUAUCGAACGA